AACAUGUUUGUACCUUAGCAAGCGCCCUCCCGAGGUCUACAGCUCACUGACAGCAGGGGGCCUGGUAAUUAAAGUAAGUGCAGCACAACCGGCUCCCCUACACCCGAAAUCCACAGGGCCCGGGACGACUGUCCGCCCUCCCAUCAUCCCCUGAUGGCUGCCCUGCCUCUGGUGCAUCUAGCGCAAUAUUCACUUGCCUGCCUGAGAAAUCUGUCAAGCUUUCAGAGUUGCAAGAAACCCACAGGAUGUAAAUGGAGUUGUCAAAGAUUAUUCCUGUGAGGCAUCAAUGAAGUUAAUAAACUACUACAGAGAGCCAACACUGAGCAGGAGACAAUAUGAAGCCUGCACAUGAGAGGAGCCAGGAAUGUCUUCCACCAAAGAAACGGGAUCUGGCACAAAACAGUGUGACUGUAGAGGAGGAGCCCAAGAUACCCAGCUCAUCUGCUAAUGAAAGUACAACCAGUGAAGCUUCAGGAUGGCAGAGGAGUGUGUUCAUGGCAGCAGGACAGGGACAAGGAGUUGGUUAUGCAGGUACUGGGGAAGGAGCAGAAGCUGUAACUGUGGAUCAGUAUGCAACUUUUUACAAAGUUGCUGUGCCUGCUGCCUCCUUUUCACCACCUGGUCUCCACCAAGUGAUGAAUAUGAGCUCUAUUCCAUCAUCCUUCAGUGUAGCUUCUCCUUUGAUCCAGCACCAAGGUAUUACUUAUCCGCCUAUUCACUAUGCUCAAAUUCCACAUACUGCUGUACAAUUCCUUGGUUCCCCCUAUGCAGUUCCAUAUACAGUUCCACCAGGUUUUCUUUCUCGAGCUGUAAUAUCGCCUCCUACUAACCUAGCUGCUCCUCAUGUCCCUCACUAUGUGCCAUAUAAUUCUGUCCUUGUUGAGGGUGUCACUCCACCCCCAGAGGCUCAGUCUCCCCAUUCUAUGAGCAAACUUACCAAUGCAUCAUCUCCUUCAGUCCUUAUGGGGGUGGUGCCAGUGGAUGUUGCAAAGGGAAGAGUUCCUUUAUUUUAUCAGCAUUCCUCUCAGCUGCCAGUAGCCUAUCCUGUAAAUGAAAUGCUUCUGGCAUGCCAUUCUAACACAGAACUGUGUGCUCCUUCCCAUGCUGAAAAAGACAGAGAUAUGCUAAUCACUUCUACAAAUGGGACACAGAGGGUGCCUGAUAAUGUCUCUGGCCAUAGGUCCAGUAAAGUAGUAGAUAUUUACAUCCAUAAUGCAGAGGAACAGCUUGGAAAGGUGCAAGAAAACAUGGUGGAUGGUGACGUUUACACAACACAAAGGACAGAAGCCUCUUUGCUAACCCACAGGAGCACCCCAGACACAGAUUUGGAAGUGCAGAGGGUUGUUGGAGGUCUGGCUUCUCGUGAUUUCUGUUCACAGUCUGUUCAGAAAAAAGAUAUGUUAAUCCCAUUAAAUCUUUCUCAAAAUGCAACUGAGCAGCGGGUUCAGCCAAAAAGAGAUUCUGUUUAUGGAAAACUGCCUAGCCCAUCUCCUGAGAGAGGGCAGAUUACUAUGUAUAUCGAACAACCUGUUAAGUACACCGAAAAAGUAACAUUAACAGCAAAUGGGGAACCUACUAAAGUGAAAAACUGUCCUACACAGCAGUCAUUUCCAGCCCGUCCAUUAUCAAAAUUACAGGGGGCACCAAAUAGACAUACCUGUGACACUCCUUCAGAUAGGAACUCUCCACAUACAAAUGUAGAAUCUAAACAGCCUCCACAUUCCGCUGCUUUACCGUCACACUUCAUGAAAGGUGCCAUUAUUCAGCUAGCCACUGGAGAGCUAAAAAGGGUAGAAGACCUACAAACCCAAGACUUUGUGCGGAGUGCUGAAGCGAGUGGUGGCCUGAAGGUAGAUUCCAGUACAGUUGUGGACAUUCAAGAAAGUCAGUGGCCAGGCUUUGUGACUCUUCAUUUCUUUGUGGGUGAACAGCAGAGUAAAGUGUGUCUUGAUGUCCCUCCUGAACACCCUUUCUUUGUGUAUGGACAAGGCUGGUCUUCCUGUAGCCCUAGGCAGACAACUCAACUUUUUGCACUUCCUUGCCAUCGGCUUCAGGUGGGGGAUGUUUGUAUAUCAAUCAGUUUGCAGAGUGCAGUUAAGAAUGAUGCUUCAACAGUAAGCUGUACUUCUGCAAGUCAGACUACGCCAAAAACCACCGAGAAAGCAGUGUUAUAUUCUAGAGAGGGUCAGUUGCUUGAGAUAGAUGGCGAGACGCACAAUCAGCUUAAGAAAAAAGGUCAGAGUUCCUUUGUCCAGACCUUGUGUUCUCAGCCCUCAGCUGUGUCCAGCUGGUCCAGUUCAGGUGUCCAAAGACAUAAUGUGCAAAAUGCAGAUACUCAGCCUUCGCGCCACUCUUUUAUUCCCCAAGAGGUGAAGCUGUCCAUUGAGGGGCGUUCAAAUGCAGGGAAGUAACAACUUGCUCCUAAACAGACAGAUGAUUUGCACAGUACAGAGUACAGGGAUAAUCAGGCGGUGGCAGGUGCCUUGCUGCAGAAUUACAGAACACAUUAGGGUAUUGUCUAAAAAACCCACUGUACACAGUCAUUACCUGUUAUUAGUACUACAUUUUUUUUUUGUUGCUUUGUUAGUCACAUUAAGAUAUCUUACAAUGUAGUCAUUUUUUUUUUUUAUAUGGAAUGGAUUAGUUAAGGCUGAAGGCAGGCAGAAUAUCCUACUCCUUGAUGCUACAAUGUGACCAAGUCUUUUGGACAGAAAAUGUACUGUUUGGUGUCAGCUCUUAGGGUCUUCCUUUCUAAACUUACAUGCAUGGCUGUGGACACUGCAUAAUUAGCUUUUUAUAAUGUUUUAUGUAUUUUUUUUACACUGCAUCCAUGAUGAUGAUCACUUUGCAUCUUUCUUUAUUCCUUUCCUUGCAUCUGGCGUAUAGUUGGGCUUUAAACUUUAUCCCUUGUAAUUCACCUGCUAUUAAAUAGACACACAGGUAGUAAUUUGCCAACAUAAACUAGCCAUAAAAAAAUGAAUUUGUUGUUGUUUAACCUAACUGCCAAAGUUUUAUGAGCCAACUUAACAUUUUUGUCUUUUGAGACCAAUAAUUCAAUCACAUGCAGGGGCUCCACACAGACUGGUCAGACAACUAUAUGCACUGGAAGUUGGGAUUAUUGGCUGACAGACUGGGGGAAAAAAACUGGAUUUUGAUUGCUAUGAUAUAAAUGAUAUGCCAAUUCAGUGUAUAUGCAGCCAGCUAUAACAAACUGGCCCAAAGAACAGUUAUACUAUUGAUCAUUACUGUUUUUUAGGUUUAUUAUGAGGCAUAACUUUGCCUACCUAGUCUUGCUAUAUAAUGCAUCUAUUUUGUUUUUUUUUGUCUUCUACCUGUUUCAGGACACUACAUAAAUGCACAGGUUUUAAGUAAAAAGUUGCCUUGCAGAAUACUAAGUUUUUCUUUUCCAAUUGUGAUAGCUUCAGUUUAUGUCAUGAGACAAAAGCCAAACUGGUGAGGGAAUUCAUAGUCCACUUACAUGCAUCUUACAAAUCAGUGCUACAUCCAAAGGCUAGAAAAUGUGCAUUUGCUCCCGAAUGCUGCAGAGAAAUGCAGGUAAGGAAAAUACAAUAAACAGAGCACUUUACUAAUGCAAACCAUAGUGUUAAAAGGUACAGUGCCUGAGCACUCUCAACUGUGUGUGCGCGUGCAAAUAAUCCUUCAUAGGGAUGGACCGUCCUAUUUGUUAAGAAGGGAUGUGGAACUCAUUGUGUUUAAUAUAUUAAAGAUGAUAAAAUCCUAUAUUAACCAGUAACCUAUUAUGCAUCCGAUGGAGCCUUAGAUAUAGGCAGGUGCUUCUAUCCUAUUAUCCUACCUGAUCUUUAACAGAGCAUUAAUCUAUAUUUUGUUGUGCUUUUUUUGUAACUUUUAAAUAAAUCAAUUUGUACUGUAUGUUUGUACUCCACCGA